AUGGCCGGUGGCCGACGGCGUGUGCCCGUGCGCUGCUCCAUGGACGGCCCUGACGAGCGCAGGGCCCUCUUCGGUCGCAUUGUCCCCGUGUACGACCAUGUCAGUGCCUAUAAUGUAUUGUAUAGAACUAUAGAUCCUAAUGUAUUGUAUAGAACUAUAGAUCCUAAUAAUGCCGAGUUUGUAUGUGUUGAUGGCAUGCAUGCGUUGCAGGUGCUGGACGUGUUCACCUUGGGGCAGCACCGUACGUGGAAGCGCAUGUGCGUGUCCUGGUCCACGGCCAAGGGAGGGGACCGCGUUCUUGAUCUCUGCUGCGGCACCGGCGACCUGGCGCUGCUUGCGUCGUCGGCCAAGGUCGGCCUGGACGGAGAGGUGGUGGCCGUGGACUUCUCUAGGCGGCAGCUGGAGGCCGCCGCCAGCCGCGCGGACCGACACAGGAAGCCUUGCUACAAGAACAUCAAAUGGACGGAGGGUGAUGCACUCGCUCUGCCUUUCGCCGACUGCUAUUUCGACGCUGUCACGGUGGGCUAUGGACUGCGAAAUGUGCUCGACCGAUGCAUUGUCAUGGCAGAGAUUUUCAGGGUCUUAAAACCAGGAUCAAGGGCAUCCAUUCUAGAUUUCAGCGAGCGCUCAUUACUUAUCAUCGAGAAUUGGGUAAUCGAUAGUCUUUUGGCUAACUUCGCUGCUGGGUACGGAGUUGCUGAGGAGUACAAGUACCCGAAACGCUCCAUCUCGCAGUAUCCAACAGGAGAAGAGCUGGAGGAGUUGGCCAUACAAACAGGGUUUGCUUCGGCCAAGCAGUAUGACCUUGCUGGAGGGCUCAUGGGGAAUCUAGUCGCAAUUCCUUCCUCACACUGUAGCAAUAUGUCAGGGUAUGAGACUGGCCGGUACUGA